AUGGCUUCACUAUGCAAAACCUUCAUCCUUUUUCUCCUCCUUCUCCCUCAAAAUUUUGCGAUUUCUGUGUUUGCCGCCACGGGUGACGGUGGAGGCGGAGGUGGUGGUGGUGCAGCGGAUAUGGGUGAUGGUGCGCCUGGUCCUAAUCAACUUGUUGGCGAUGGACGAUCAUCCGAUUAUGCAAAGGCAGAGAUUGAGACAAAUUUUGUGGGUGAAUGGGUGUUGGAUAAUCCAGAUGUGGGUGUGGGUGCAAUGCAACUACAGUUGAUGCCUAACGAUCAAGUAGUCUGGUAUGAUGCUACGUCAGUCGGGCCUUCCGCCCGGAAAUUGGAACCUCAAGGGAACUGUCCGAUUAACCCAGACGCAAACAACCAGCCGGAUUGCUACGCUCAUGCUCUCGCUUACGACUGGAAAACCACAAAAAGUAGAACCAUCGUGUUAUCAGGUGAACCGUGGUGCUCGUCGGGAAACUUAUGGCCGAAUGGAAACUUUGUGGCUACCGGAGGUUCCUUCAGCGGGGUUAAGGCUGUCAGAAUGUUGCCUAAAGAUGAUCUCAACGCAGAUUUUAUUGAAAAAAAAGAUGUUCUUGCCGACUUUAGAUGGUAUUCAUCGAACCAGAUUUUAGAAGACGGGAGCGCAAUAGUCGUGGGAGGUCGAGGCGCAUUCAGCUAUGAGAUCGUGCCACCACAACUCGAGUUCGAACCCAAGAGGAUCGAACUCCCGUUCCUCCAACAAACACGUGCACCAGCCAAGGGACCGAACCAAUACAUCGAGAACAACCUCUAUCCGUUCCUUUUCCUCCUUCCCGAUGGCAACGUAUUUCUUUUUGCCAACGACCGUGCCAUCACCUUCGCUCCAACAACAGGUGAGAUCGUUCAACAACAUCCCGUCUGUCCAGGUGGAUCCCGGAACUACCCACCUUCCGGCAGCUCCGCCAUUCUCCCAUUAAAACUCGGUCCAGAUAAUUCCCAACCCCUAAAUGUCGAGAUUGUCAUUUGUGGUGGAAACAGCCCCAAUGCAUUUGAAGUAGUCGAUGGAAAGAAUGCAACUGAAAAGGAGUAUGUACCUGCACUUAAAGACUGCCAUAGAAUCCAUCCGAUGAACAAAGGUGCAACAUGGGAGGAAGAACAAGAUAUGCCAUCACCGAGGAUCAUGGCCGACCUUUUACACCUCCCAACCGGAGAUCUCCUUAUGAUCAAUGGCGCCAAAAAGGGUACUUCUGGUUGGGAAGAUGCCACAGACCCUAACUUUACUCCUCUUUUAUAUACACCAUUCAAACCAAUGGGUUACAGGUUUAAAGAACUGAAACCGGCCACAAUCGCAAGGAUGUAUCAUUCCACCUCAGCAUUGUUACCGGAUACUAAGAUUUUGGUUGCCGGCAGCAACCCACACCAGUUCUACACUUUCAACGUCGAGUUUCCGACAGAGUUGAGGGUGGAGAAGUUCUCACCUCAUUACUUGGACCCUACGAUCGACGGCCAAAGACCUAUAAUUGAUGAACAAGGUACUGACAAGGUCUUAAAGUAUGGGAAACCUUUUAAGAUCGCAGCUACUCUACAAUCGGAAGCUCCGUUGGUGUUGGGUGAGAUUAAGGUAACUAUGUUGUACCCACCAUUCACCACUCAUGGCUUCUCCCAAAACCAGAGGUUGAUUGUUCCGGCGGUGAUGGACAUUUCCGAUAACGUGAUCACCGCCCUUGCACCGCCAUCGGGAAAGAUUGCUCCUCCCGGAUACUAUAUUCUAUUUGUGAAUAAUCUUGGCGUUCCUGGAGGAGGUAUAUGGGUUCAUAUCGACUAG